UUUGGAAAUCGAUGUGUCAUCAGGACGAGUUUUAUGCGGGACUUAUUUUUCCCCCGCCACUUUAAUGAUGAUUUAGAAAAGAUAUUAGAUAUUAAUAUUUUUGGUGUUCCGACUCGUUUCUGAAAAAAAUAUUUCAUCGAAGUUAUUGAUUUGACGAAGUUACUGAUCAUUUUGAAAAAAAUGAGUUUUCUUUAGAAAUUUACUGUGACCAUGGGUGAACCGAAGGUAACGUCCACUUACGGCACCACUGCUUUCAGAUUGCAUGACUUCAUCUGGGACAAUGAAACUUCGGGGAUUCAACCUGAUCAGUCCAGGCAGAAAGAGAACGCAUUUUUGUUGGGAAUAUCUUUCGUUGGUGGUUUCGUGCUCGGAGUCGUCAUACACUUGGUAUACCACUUUUUCGUGAGGUGGAUCUUGACCCGCCAUCUACCUGCUGCACCAGAUACGGAAUUAUCCAACGGAGUCUGCAAUCUGGCUUUCAUUGGAGAUGACUGGAGGCCUCCUGGUGACGAUCCACCCUCGUACUCGACGGUUGUACAGUCAGAAGAUAACGCAAUGACAUUCUGGUCCAGGUUUUUUAAGAGAGAAAAGAACACCAAUGAUCCCCAAGAAGAGCCUCCACCAAGUUAUUCUAAUGCAGUAGAAGAAUUGCGGAGGGAUCGGAGGACCUCUUCGUUCUAAAAAUGUAAAACAUAUUCUAGUCAACAGCCUCUCUAAUUUGCAAACCCAUUUCAGUGACACCUGUGUAAGUAGUUCACUUGCGGUGCAGUAGUGCUGUGGUUAACUUAGAAGAGUGGUAAACUUAUGAAGACUGAUGUAUAUGAUCCAGGGCUAAUUCUGUACCUAAUAACAGUAGUCAACUUAAAAAGGUGAUUAACUUACAAAGGUGGUCAACUUUACUGGUUAUACUAUAUUUGCAAUUCUUUACAAUCCAUCAUGGCUUUUGUCCUAUAAAGGCAAGUCCGUCUAAUGCAGCUGAAAUAUUGCACACAUAUAGGAACAUAUCUUUCUCAAAAUGUAAGUUAAAUCCUGAACAAUAACUCUUUUAAUACAAUCAAUAUGCAAUCCUAUCACUCAUAAUUCCCUAUAAUCCAUUGACAUUCAUCUUCUAAGCAAGAAAAUCCAGGUGAUUCUAACUCAGUUGGUAUGGUUGGGGAGAAACCGAAGGACUUCGUCUUUCAAAAAAUAUGUCAUUCUAGUCCCUUCCUCCCUAAUCCACAAACCUUCGCAAUUCUUUAUUUUCCUUUAAAGCUUUUAGACAGUUAACAGUGAAGUAUUGGCUACAGAGAAGUCAGUUGCUUUUAAAGUCUGUUAAAGUUUUGAUUUUUAGUAAGAUGUAAAAUUUCAAAAUAAUUGACAGGAAAUUAUUAAGCUGAAAUGCAUCUAGAACAAUCAUACUUUACGUCAACUCAAAUUAAUUUCAGAAUUUACACAGCAAAUAAUAAGUGACAAAUGAAAGAAUAUAGGUAAAUAAAGCAAGUUUAUAUAGAAUAAAUCAAAGUAAUUUUUUGCAAUUUUUUCAUUAAGUAAGCUCAUUCACCGUACGGUUUUUAUAGCCGUAUGUCAAAAUUCAAAAUUCGUUGACAUCUUAAUUAAAGUACAAUAAAAAAAGAACUUUCUCUAUGAUCUGAACAAUUCAGUGAUAGGCAAAGCGCCUAAUCUGAAGCGUUUGCUCAAGGAGUUGACAACAGUAAUCAAGCAACUUGAUUAUAAAUUACAACAUGGAAAUAAGUCUUUCUACCACAUUUAGUUAACAUGUAUUUGUCGCUGAAAAGGUUCAAAAUAAGAAAAAGAAAUAGCAUUUCAGGGUCAUGAUUACUUUGUUGCUGAUUGUUCAUUUCAUUAAAAACUUCGCAACAAACUCAUUUUGUAGUGAAAUGCUUUGAGAUACAUUUUCUCAUUUCUAAGAAAUAAGUUAUGUCAGGAAAGAAAAUUUGAACAAAAUUUCGUCUCGUAUGUCAAAGUGUAACCAGAGUAGUGUGUUUCGUUCCAAUCUAUUAUCUAAACUAGGAAUUGUUGUUUAAUAGAUGAAUUAAAUUCACAAAAAGCGAAACUUAUGAAUUAAGUAUUUGGAGUAAACUAUUAUAAAAUGCAGGACAGGAUUUUAAAAAUGAAUGGACAAAAAAUAUCUUAAGUAAUCUUUGUCCAUUUUUUUUUUUUUUUUUGCAAUUGAUAAAUAUUGCUGUGAUAAUUUCUUAUGUAACUUUGAUUACAAAUAAAUUUUUAAUUUCAUGUUUAGUGUAAGUCCUAGACAUUUAUUAUUCCUACUGUUCGACUAUGGCCUCUGUUGUCAUAUGUUUUGUGGUUGAAGGAAACCCUUUCUAUAAAACAUACCACUUCUUCCCCUCACAUAAUAUUGCAUAAAUUCAAUGAUAUAAAAAUAUUUUUCUCCAUUUUUAAUUUCAAUGUUUUGUGAUAUCAUACGGUAUUUUUCUUGAAGUUGGAAGAAUAAUUUCGUUGUCCUUGUUGCUGUUGCGGGCGAGUAAAGAUAUUGCCUCUCUUAUUUAUUUAUUUUUUUUUCGUUCAAAUAAAAUUUUAAGAAAUAAAUGAUCUCAAUACAUUUGAAAAACAGCAUUCCCAUGACAGAAUGUUUGAAUCUGUAUAAGUGUGUAUUUUUUAAUGAAUAAAAUUUCUGAAU